UCUUGUUUUCUUUUGGCUGUGAAUUCCGGUCCCUGAAUUCUGUUCCCACUCGCGACUCCCACGCUCUCCACCCACACGCGCUGGUCUCCAAAUUAGGCGGGAAGACGGAAGAGCUCGAACCCUAGAAUUCUAUUUCAUCCUCAAUUUCAACUGCAAUUUGAUCUCUCUCCGAAAAUGGGCAUCAAGGGACUGACGAAGCUACUGGCGGACAAUGCCCCGAAGGCGAUGAGGGAGCAAAAGCUGGAGAGCUACUCCGGCCAGAGGAUCGCCAUCGAUGCCAGCAUGAGCAUCUAUCAGUUCCUCAUUGUGGUUGGGAGGAAGGGGACUCAGAUGCUCACCAAUGAGGCUGGUCAAGUCACCAGUCAUCUGCAAGGCAUGCUUUACCAGACGAUUAGGCUGUUGGAAGCGGGGAUACAGCCAGUCUACGUGUUUGAUGGUCAACCUCCUGAUUUGAAGAAGCAAGAGCUUGCAAAACGUUUUUUGAAGAGGGCAGAUGCCUCUGAGGAUUUGGCAUUAGCCAUUGCGUCUCAGAACAAGCAAGACAUAGAGAAAUUCAGUAAAAGAACUGUGAAGGUGACACAACAGCACAAUGAAGAUUGCAAAAGACUACUAAGACUUAUGGGUGUCCCACUAGUUGAGGCUCCUUCAGAAGCAGAAGCACAAUGUGCUGCACUUUGCAAAGCUGGAAAGGUUUAUGCAGUUGCUUCUGAAGAUAUGGAUUCCCUUACUUUUGGAGCUCCUAGAUUUCUUCGCCAUUUUAUGGAUCCCAGCUCAAGAAAAGUUCCAGUCAUGGAAUUUGAAAUUUCAGAGAUCUUGGAGGAGAUGAAUCUGGAUAUGGAUCAAUUCAUUGACCUUUGCAUUCUCUCUGGAUGUGACUAUUGUGAAAGCAUUCGAGGUAUUGGAGGGCUGACUGCUCUUCAGCUCAUCCGUCAACAUGGUUCCAUAGAAAACAUACUAGAGAACAUAAACAAGCAAAGGUGCUUCUUAUUCUCUUAUCUUAUACCCGAUAAUUGGCCCUAUGGCGAAGCUCGACUGCUUUUUAAGGAACCAAUAGUUUCUACGGAAGAACAACCUGAGAUAAAAUGGACUGCUCCAAAUGAUGAAGGCUUAAUGUCCUUUCUAGUGAAUGAGAAUGGGUUCAACAUUGACAGAGUGACAAAGAGCAUACAUAAGAUUAAGGCAGCUAAGGAUGAGUCAUCACAAGGCCGAUUAGAAUCCUUGUUUAAGCCAGCUAAGAAUCUAUCUAUACCUGCUAAGAGGAAG